AUGUCCACAAUCGGCUUCAUCAUCAACGGGGUGCGGCACGGCUCGAUGAUCGGCCCACACUGGUUCCCGGACGCGGGCAUGACAGUCUGGAUGUUCCUCAGCGAGAUGCGCGACGGCGACGCCUCGCGCAUGGCCGACAACCUGCGGAAUGUACAAUGGAUCCCAGACGAGAACACCCACUUCCUCCGCCGACCACUCGACGUCCUCCGCGACGUGAGGGACGGAAAAUGCGCACUCCUACCCGAACACGCGUGGCGGCAAUGGGACGGUGCCCAGCGCUGGGCGUAUUUCGUUGACUUUGAUUCGAUGGAGUACGAGAUCUGGCGAUACGGCCGCUUCGAACUGAGUUCUGGUCGCGCAAGUUUCCGAGAUCUCAACUGGGACGGAUUCUGUGCUCUCAGGAGCUGGAUUCUCGCCAUGGAGGCUGGUGUUACCAAAGAGACGCAGGCCACGGCCGACGCGGACGAGCUCACGCGCGCGCUGGAGAGCCUCAAGGUCCAGGACGCGCAGGAGCGGGGUGUCAUGGCCUAG